CAGAGUGCGCUGGCGAGUUGGACAGUGUAUAUUGUUUCAAAAUGUCGUCCCUGGAUAGCGCGCCUUCGUCUCCUUUGUUUAUUAUCAAAAAGUGAUAAAUCAAAUGACUUUGCAAAAUUAUUCGUUUUACAAAACGUGCAAAAUUGUGAACUUAAUAAAUAAAACUUUGUGCAAGUGAUUAGUGGACUCGAGUUGUAAGUGGAAUCGUGACUGUUUUAUUCAUGAAAAUCUGGGAAUAAUAUUGGAAAACAAAUUGAAACGAUGAAUUUUUAAGUACUCUGGUCCAAGUGGCUAUGCUUGUGGUGAUAGUGCCUGGUUCAAAUUGAAAACAUUUUGAUGUUAUCGUUUACAUCUGAGCUUUUUGUACAUUUUUCUGUUUGAUUACUUGUAGUUUUACAUAAGUGAAGAUACAAUUUUCUUUCUUUUUAUUUUAUCUGUCUUGUAUAUAACAAAGCAUUAUUAGGCGAUAUUAACAUCACAUUAAACUUAGGUAUAUUACAUCCCUUAAUUAGUCUUUAUUUUCUAAAAAUAAAAUAAUAAGUGACUGUACAUAUAAUCAAAGGUCAUGUUAUCCCGUGACGUGUGAAUGGCGGCCAUAUUAGCAGGCGUGCUGGCGAGGUGAUGCGCCGACUCGACCACGCCCAUCAUGAGCUCCUUCCUCAUGAACGGCGGGUACCAACCGCAGCCAGACCCCAAAUUCCCGCCUUCCGAAGAGUACAGCCAAGCAGACUACAUUCCACCAGGAGAAUAUUAUCAACACCAGCAUUUGCAGUAUGGAUAUCAGCAUCAGUACGCGCCUGUACAGAUUGGGACAGGGUAUGGUUAUGGAGGGUAUUACCAUCCUUUGCCACAGCAUCCCCCUGUGGCGCCACCUCCGCGGCCUCCGGAACCAUCGCAUCCUUCUGAUGCGGACCAUGGUUACGUCCCACCGCAUAGUGAAGUAGCACCUGGACUGGCAGAACUGGGGUUGAGAUUGGAGAGGCAUAUAGAAGAAGCGGCACCUGCUGGAAGGAAACUCCAUGCAUUGGGUAGAGAAGGCUCGCCGGUGUCAGAAAUGGACGAUGAAAGGCUACUUCUGGAAAGUCCGCCGAUUGAAGAUGAUGAUUCGUCUAUCUGCUCGGACAAUACUGACAGGGUUAUUUAUCCUUGGAUGAAGAAGAUACAUGUUGCUGGUGCUUCAAAUGGUUCAUUUCAACCUGGAAUGGAACCCAAGCGGCAGCGGACAGCGUACACGAGACACCAAAUAUUAGAAUUGGAAAAAGAAUUUCACUAUAAUAGAUACCUAACAAGAAGAAGACGAAUUGAAAUAGCGCAUACUCUAGUCCUGUCCGAGAGACAAAUUAAAAUUUGGUUCCAAAAUCGCCGAAUGAAGUGGAAAAAAGACAACAAAUUACCAAACACCAAAAAUGUUAGGCGAAAAACAAAUCCAGCUGGAGUGACGACCACGGCCAAAGGAGCCGCCACACCAAAGAGUAGAAGUAAGAACACAAACAACAACGACAAAAAGAAGUCCAACAACAAUGGAAGACCUGACAGUAUAGAGAACGUUACUGAUAAUAUAAUGAAUGAUUUGCAUUGCGUUGGCGCACAGCAGAAUUUGUCACACGAUCCAGCGAUUAGUCCGAUGUCGCAUCACGGAAAUCAGAUGAAUUCUCAUCCUAUGACUCCCCAUCAUCUGCAUAUGAUGGGGAUGCACGCAGGAAUGGACCCGUCGAUGGUCGCUAACCUCUCGACACAUGGGUCUCCCGUCGCCGGCGCCGGCUGUGGCACAGGUAUUCCCAACCAGCCAGUGAUCAAGUCGGACUACGGUCUAACCGCCUUAUAAUCUCUAGAAGUGUAAAAAAAACUAUAUUUUCUUUAACAAACUUCUGUAAUACUUACCAUUCCUUUGUGUUGAUAAGGUGUAAUAAAGUGAUUUAAAUACUAAUUUAAGUUUGUUUUAAGUUGUGUAAGUAUUCUUAGCGUAACCAGUCAUAAUGGAUGUUUGCAUAGCUAAGUGGGAAACUCUACAAUGUCAAAAGUGUGAUUACUAUUAUUUUAGGAUAGUUUAAACAUCUGAGUGUUGACUUUGUACAUUUUAAUUUAAGUCAUUGUCGUGAACUGUAUUUAUUAAUGUUAACUCUGCUGGAAUUAUUUUAUAAGAGGUCAACUUUUUCUCCUUUUAAAAUAAUUUAGAUACUUAUUUACAAUAAAAUAGUUACCAUAUUUUAUUGAAAAGUUUGUAUGUACGAGUAGUUACUAUAUUUUUAAGUCUGCCGAUCUGUUCUGUUUCUAUACUAUGAGGGUGACCGUCAAUUUUGACGUUAACUUUAACAUGGACAGAAAAGCGAAAAAUACGCCAUUUUAUACGUUAGCGGCGGCACGCCGUUAAAAAUGUCAAAUUUGACGGUGCACCAUUAUGAUGGUUUUGUCAUUUUUUUAUAGCACGAAUAUUUUGAUAGUUUUAGCAUAUAGUAUUAUAUGUAUAUUGUUUCCUUUGCUACAUUUUCAUAUCAAUGUUUAAUGUAAAAUAAUAUUAUCUAUAAUUUCUUACCUCCGAUCAUUAUAAAAUAUAGAUAAAUAUUAUUACAGGUUGGUAGACUAAGUUCAGUUCGUUAGAAGAAUUUAAUGAUAUUUAUGCUUAUAUUUUUUAGAUUAUAAUAUAUUCUUCAUUUCUUCAAAUUAUUGUAGAAAACUGGACACAAAACCAUACAAUGACGGCAAAUAACUUCACUUAAAAAAAACAAUCAAAAUUUAUGUCUGAAAAUGUAUUUUCCAGUAUAAAUAUUUUAUACACUGGUUUCAUAAAAAAAAACCCUUUGUGAUGUAGACAAUGACUUAGGCUUAGGUACAAAAUGUGAAUUUAAUUUUAAUUGGGAAUUGUUUUGUAACUAAAAUAGGAGAACUGUGAAUACAAAACCAAUAAAUAUAGUAAUGAU